CCAUUAAUGGCUGAAAAUGUCAAUAGGAGAUAUAAUAUCAGUAUAUCACGUGUAAAAACAUUUUUCGCAGUAGUUUUAGCCAUAAAUUAUACUGUGUUUUAGCCAUAAACAUUCAACUCCAGCAUAAUAUUGUAUAGUCUGUAUUAUGAAAUGUGAAUAUAAUAUAUGGCUCAAAUUGGUCAAAUGACCUGAAAGAAAACAGUUAAAUGGAUUAUUAGCAGGUUGACCCGACUUGAUACGGAUCAGGUCGGGGUUUCAAUUUUUGACCCAUUUAAUUAAAUGUUCAGGUUCAGGUUAAGGGUCUAUUGACCCAUUUAUAUAUGACCCGAACCUGAAAAUGACCCAACCCGACCUCUCUAACUUAAAUAAAUAGAAAGUCACAAACAAUCGUUUCUGUUCUUAGUUUCGCGAAUCCUCUCUCCUCAAUCCUCAUAUCCUUCUCAUUUGAUCAUCUCUACAUAUAUUUUUCUGGAGUGUUCUACAUUCAGCUGAUAAAAAUGUCUGGUUCAAAGGUUGCUCAUGCUGUAUUGAAAGGCCCCAGUGUUGUGAAAGAGAUAAUUAUCGGGAUGGGACUUGGCUUGGCUGCUGGUACCUUGUGGAAGAUGCACCACUGGAAUGAACAAAGGAAAGUGAGAUCCUUCUAUGACAUGCUCGAGAAAGGCCAGAUCAGUGUGGUUGUGGAAGAGUAAACCAUGUAACGAAUAAUACUUUGUUUAAGUUGGUGUAUUUGAACAGCCUUUCGUCAUUUCUGCUGUGGUGUAUUGCAGUGCAUAAAACUCAUUCAUCAUUAAUAAAUCUUUUCUCGUAUUGGUAAUUGAUAGUGUUAUGAUGUUGAUUUUGUACUAGGGGAGCUGUGGUGUAAACUCGGGAAGUUUUCAUUGUCUCUUUGGUGAAUGCUUAUGAGAACAUAUUAAUUACUAUAAUUUUCAACUGUUUGCUUAUAUGA